UAAUGCUACUUUUACAGAAUACGGACUGUGGGAAUUAGUAACAGUUAAGGCUGGCCUUUCACUCAUAUCGAAUACAAUUAAAACAAUGAGUCAACAGACUUAAAGCUUUCAGAACAACACGUGACUGAACUGUUCCAGAAACUGCUCAAAGCCCGUUGCUCCACCAGUCUCGGCUUCAUUCGAGUGACGACAACAGAAGGUUGCUCUACGAGGGACAGACAGCGAUCGCUCUAUCGUAAAUAUAUUACUGUAAACCAACAUAUUUAAAGAUUUUGAUUUCUAUUCCUUGAUCAUCGUCUCGUGGUACAUUUUUGGAGGCAUCCGUCUUGACAUAAAUCGUGUAUAUCGACGUUACUGGGACAAAGGUUUCAAGCUACAUUCGGUCUGCUUGUGGCGGAAAACAAAACAAUGGCCACAGUAAAUGACCCACACUCAGAAAUGGCCCAUGCUCGACAGAGUGAUGGCAUCAGUGUAAUCUUUGACCAACAAAGUCCUGCUUCAUCUUUCUCUCACUCCCGAUCCCGAUCUACAAGCAGCAGUGACAGCAAUGGCUCCUCAGUCUCAGGCCGCCGCAGGGGGCGUGCUAGCCACCGGGGACGUUACACGUCUUCGUCUUCUUCAACAUCGUCUUCAUCCCGCAGCAGGUCCUCUUCUCACCCCAGGUCCCGCUCUCACCCUCGUUGCCACAGACGUUCCUCCCGCUGUCGCUGUGACAACCAUAACAGAUAUGGCCGUGGACGCUACCGCCGCUCCCCACCACGUCGCUACAGGGCCCGCUCUCGCUCCUACAGCCGCUCACCCUCCCCGGACAGGUACUCACGCCACAGACGCUACAGAUCCAGGUCGAGGUCUUCAAGCCGUCUGAGCAGGAGGGUUGCAAGUCGCUUUGUAUACAGGUCAUCCCCAUCCAGAACCCCAUCCAGAACCCACAGGAGGCGCUCAAAGUCGAGAUCUUCAGGACGCUCUGUCAGUUUAAGUUUGGAUGAUAAACGGGGACUCCUCAAAGCUGCGGCAGUCAAUGCUAUGAAGAUCCUAGGUCUGGAGAAGGUGGAACUGCCUGAGAGUCUGAAACCAAUCCUGUCUGAGCAGAUGGAAUCCACACGGGUGUCGCCAGAGCUCGAGACAAGGGUGAGACAAGACCCUGAAAAGACUCCGUCACAGAGCAGUGUGGUGGAGGUUGAUGACGUGUCCAGUCCAAAGAUGUCCCCAAAAAGGAAAAUGAUCUCUUUCAGCAUUAAUAAUUCUGUGGCCAAACCAACAGUGGCAGCCCCAUCGUGCGCUAAGGUAACUGCAAGAGUGGACCUCUAUGAAAACAGGAAGCCCUAUGGCCACUGGGUUCCAGUCGUAACGGGCCAAACCCGCAACACACGCAAACACAAACUCUCCACGUUACAUUAGUGUGGCAGAGUACACGGACACUGUAUAUACUGUAAAUAUUUUGUAUAUAUAUCAUGUUCUGUCAUUUCAUGGCCAACGUUUUCUUUCAGAUGUUAAAGAGUUAAGUGAGACGAAGUGAAGAAUUCGUUCAGGUGGGAUUUUUGUUUCCCCUUUGUGUAUUGUUCGGUUUAUGGAUUCAAUAAAGAUUUACUUGAAGAGUGA